ACGCCACUCCGGGGAGAAGCGGAGAUGAUAGCUGACUACCUGCCGGACGCAUAAUCCUUAGCUGCUGCAGUCAGAACACUCCGCUCAGACCCAAAUCUUAAACCAAGGAGAUGUGUUCUUCUUACAUCGCGAUACAACAAAAUAGGUGACAGUUUAAUUCCAUCGCACCCAUCGGCUCUGCGGGUGGGGUAUGCGUUUCAAGCGUUUGCUCGGAGUCUAACGUGUGCUUAAGUGACAGUUCUGAUGUAAAAUUAAGUAAUUGGUGUCCAAACGAGACACGGUGCUAAAUAGGUGCUGAAACCACUAUAGCUGUUACCUCCGGUGUGAAGAGGCAGUGAUUGCGCAGUUCUCCCCAGCCCUGACUGCCAGGACCGCAGUAUAUUCCUGCCUUUUUUUUUUAUCGCACUGCUGUUUCCUUGGAGACCGGAAUCAUGACUAGCAGCCGGCUGCUUUGCUGAAGGCAGGCUUAGGACCAUGGAUACUCGCCCGUUCGCUUUAGACUCCCGAAGUUACGCCGUCAUAAAUGGAGGAAGAGAUUGACUCCCGCAAGAUCAACAGCGGCUUCCUACGUGAUCACAACUAUGCAACUGAAGCUGACAUCAUCUCCACCGUUGAGUUCAACUCCACCGGAGAGCUCCUGGCCACCGGAGACAAGGGGGGGCGCGUGGUGGUGUUCCAGAGAGAGCAGGAGAGUAAAAGCCAGCCGCACAGGAGAGGAGAGUACAACGUGUACAGCACCUUCCAGAGUCACGAGCCCGAGUUCGACUACCUGAAGAGCCUGGAGAUCGAGGAGAAGAUCAACAAGAUCCGCUGGCUCCCUCAGCAGAACGCCGCCUACUUCCUGCUCUCCACCAAUGAUAAGACGGUGAAGCUGUGGAAGGUGAGUGAGCGGGACAAGCGGCCUGAGGGAUACAACCUGAAGGAUGAGGAGGGGAGGAUCCGCAACCCCGCCACCAUCACCUCUCUACGAGUCCCGGUGCUGCGACCGAUGGACCUGAUGGUGGAGGCCACGCCCCGACGGGUCUUCUCCAACGCCCACACCUACCACAUCAACUCCAUCUCCGUCAACAGCGACUACGAGACCUACAUGUCCACCGACGACCUGCGUGUCAACCUGUGGAACCUGGAGAUCACCAACCGGAGCUUCAACAUCGUGGACAUCAAGCCGGCCAACAUGGAGGAGCUGACGGAGGUGAUCACGGCGGCCGAGUUCCACCCACACCACUGCAACACCUUCGUCUACAGCAGCAGCAAGGGCUCCAUCCGCCUGUGUGACAUGAGGGCGUCUGCACUCUGCGACAACCACUCCAAGUUCUUCGAGGAGCCCGAGGACCCCAGCAACCGCUCGUUCUUCUCCGAGAUCAUCUCCUCCAUCUCCGACGUGAAGUUCAGCCACAGCGGCCGCUACCUGAUGACCCGGGACUACCUGACAGUGAAGGUGUGGGACCUCAACAUGGAGAGCAAGCCCCUGGAGACCUACCAGGUGCACGAAUACCUGAGGAGCAAGCUCUGCUCGCUGUACGAGAAUGACUGCAUCUUCGACAAGUUCGAGUGCGUGUGGAACGGGGCGGACAGCGUCAUCAUGACGGGCUCCUACAACAACUUCUUCCGGAUGUUCGACCGCAACACCAAGCGGGACGUGACGCUGGAGGCGUCGCGCGAGAGCAGCAAGCCGCGCGCGGUGCUGAAGCCCCGCCGCGUGUGCGUGGGCGGGAAGCGCCGCAAGGACGAGAUCAGCGUGGACAGCCUGGACUUCAGCAAGAAGAUCCUGCACACCGCCUGGCACCCCGCCGAGAACAUCAUCGCCGUGGCCGCCACCAACAACCUCUACAUCUUCCAGGACAAGGUCAACUAGAGCCACGCCCACCCGCGGUCCCCCGUCCCACGGACCCUCAGUGGCUCUCUUUCACCGGGAAACGGCCUCCGUCGAGGUCACGUGCCGCAGAUCCCCCCGGAGAAGCACAGCACGCUUCUCUGUGGCUGGUAGUCCCGGGAGGAGAGACAGGAAUGCUGGGAAAUUAUUAGAAAUUGAUAUGGAACUGAUGGAAAUGUUACGGAAACUGACGGACGGGGACUUUGCCGGCAUGACCUCAGGGCGUAGUGUAACGACACCGUCAGGCUGACGUUGUCCUGCACAACCCCGCCCCCCCCACUCGCUUCCAGAAGAAGAUUCAUAUUUAUUUUAUUUAUUCAUGUGAAACAUGAAGGAGUCCUCAUGGGUUAUGCACUAGACUGAGGGAGGGAUUUCUGGGAGAAUUCACAUUAAACAACAUGUAGCAGCACUCAGUUCCAAAUCUUCUUAAAGCACUCAAAAAAAAAUGAAUGAAAUGAAAACAGAAGUAAUAAUUAUGUGAUGCUCGGUGAAAAUAAACAAAGGAAACUCACAACUGCUGUUUAAACCGAAGAAUUGCACCCUAAUCCCGCCCAUUCCAUCCCUCUUAGUGCCACCCUUCUGUCUUACAUAUAGAACUUUCGGGUGACCUCACUUCCUGUCACAUGGACACCCUGGCCAAUGACAGAGUUCAAGGAAGUGGCCGUGAUAUACAUGGCUGAAUUCCUACAAAAAUGAGAAAUGGGAGAAACGCAAAGACUUCCUGUAAUUCUCCUCUUGUUGAAGCGGAUCGGAGGGAGGUGUGUUACAGUAAACUGGACGUUGGAGAAGAUUGCGGAAUUCCCCUGGCCAGGGGUCUUUUUUUAAUUUAACUUUCUUUUACUCGUUUUAGUUUCCUCUUUGAAUAUUUAAGUGAAGAAGCGGAGGUGCCUUGUUUUUGGUAUUUGGGAAACGCAAAGGUUUCCAAAAGCUUCAAUAACUUUGCCCUGCUGUGGAUCUCACUGGACUCCAGGCUAUGGACAGUAGCUGUGCGUGUGGAGCCG